AUGGAGGUGGAUGAAUUAUUUCACGGUGUGGAAAAUGGGAGCGAGAGGACCCAAGACAAGAAAGAAAUAUCAAAUGGUUUCCACACCAGCAAAUCUUCAGAGAAAAUUCGACUCUUGGAAAAGGACAGGCCGUAUAAAACGAGAGUCAAGAAAUUUUUUAAACGCUCAAGUAGCAAGGAGGAGACGUUUCGUUUUGCUGACACAAAAGACGUGGCCAUGAUGGUGACAGGUUUUGUACUGGCAGUAAUCAAUGGCGCAAUGCAUACGUUAAACAUGGUCCUGUAUGGUCAGUUUGUUGGGUCAUUCGUUGAACAGGGAUACUAUGACAACGUCGCAAAGGCUAGCUCUGUUAAUGGGACAUUACCACACUCUGAUGGACACACGAUUGAUGACCAACAUGUUAACCCUAAUGGCAGCCAUCUGAUAACAAAUUUUAGUUCUUCGACUGAAGGUUCGCAAUCUGACAUCUUUCAAAAUUCCCAGAUACUUUUCUUUCUAGGCUUUGCUCUGUCUGUGUGUGCGUGGGUGUGUGGAGCGACCAAGAAAAUUUUGUUCACGGCCUCAGCCCAGCGCCAAGUGAUCCGACUGAGGAAAUCUUUUUUCUCCAACAUCCUUGUCCAGGAGAUUGCCUGGUUUGAUGACCACAAGACGGGAGACUUGUCUGUUAGGAUGACAGAGGACGUAAACCUGAUCUACAGAGCUAUAGAAACAAAUAUCCCCAUGGCAACACAGUGGUUUACCAUCAGUAUCGUCGGCAUCAUCAUCGCUUUCAUCUUCGGUUGGAAGUUAUCUCUGGUGAUGCUGUGUGCCUUCCCCAUCCUCAUGGGGGGCGCGGCAGUGGGAAAUAGGAGUAUCGGUAAAACCAGUAUCAAGGAGAGAGAGGCUUACGCCAGGGCUGGGGUUGUGGCUGAACAAGCCUUCUCCAACAUAAGGACAGUCGUGGCUUUUGGUGGGGAGGAAAUGGAGGCAAAAAGAUAUCACGAAAACCUAAAACACGCUCAAAAAUUUGGUGUAGAGAAAGGAAUUGUAAAUGGCUUAGGAUUAGGCAUACUCUGGAGUGGUUUUUUCUUGAGCUAUGCUCUGGGCUUUUACUACGGUGGUCAGCUGAUCAGAAGUGGCGAGUACACAGUGACUUCAACAGUUGUGGUGUUUUUCUCCACCUUUCUGAGUGCUGUGUAUUUGGGUUAUGCUAUACCUGCAACAAACGGUAUCUACGUUGCAAUGGCUGCGGCAGUCAAGAUUUAUAGAAUCAUCAAUAAGAAAUCGCAAUCUAACAGCAGCUCAGCAGAAGGUAAAAUGCUUCCACUGGUGACUGGAGAAAUUCUGUUCCAAAAUAUUUAUUUCUCCUACCCUUCCAGGCCAGGAGUGCAGGUUCUGUCCGGCAUCGACCUCCAUGCCCCUGCAGGCCAAACAGUUGCUUUGGUUGGGGCUAGCGGCUCAGGGAAGUCUACAAUGAUACAACUUUUGUUGCGGUUUUACAAUCCUAAAAUGGGUCAGAUAUCACUAGAUGAUCAUGACAUUGAGAGCUUAAACCUCCGAUGGUUACGUCAGCACAUUGGUCUAGUCAGCCAAGAACCGGUACUCUUUGCUACGACAAUCGCCGAAAAUAUCCGGUACGGUCUGAAGGAUGCUAGCAUGGAAGACAUCAUUCAAGCAAGCAAAAUGGCCAACGCCUAUGACUUUAUUAUGAAGCUACCCAAUCAAUUCGAGACGUAUGUAGGCGAACAAGGCGCCCAACUAAGUGGAGGACAGAAACAGAGAAUCGCCAUCGCUCGAGCUCUGGUCAAGGACCCAAAAAUUCUUUUGCUGGACGAGGCAACCUCAGCACUGGACACUGAGAGUGAGGCCAUCGUACAAGAUGCUCUAGAUAAGGUCAGCAAAGGCCGGACAACUUUUAUCGUCGCUCAUCGACUGUCGACAAUUCGUAACGCUGACAAGAUAGUGACGCUGUCCAAAGGUCGAGUGGUGGAGGUGGGCACCCACACGGAGCUGAUGGACAAACGGGGAGUUUACUACAACCUCGUUUCUUCACAGGUCAGAUCUUCGUUAUACUUUUUACGGAGGGUUUUAUAUAAGAGAUUAAUCUUACCCAGGGUUUUUGUAAGAGUUUACUACAAACAUGUUGCUUUACAGGCACAACACUUGAAACAGACUGAUGAGUUAAACGAGAAUGACCAAGCAGACAAUCAACCAACACAGCUUAUCACCAAACAGCCUUCUGUUGACCUAGUCCUUUCACCCGAACACAAUGCAAAAGAUAAUGUUCAAGGGACCAAAUCGAUGUCAACUGGAGAAAUAUUUUUACGAUUGAUCAAACUUAAUUCCCCUGAAUGGAUUUUCAUCCUCUUUGGAACACUUGCAAGUAUAGUGUGUGGGGCUGUAAUGCCGCUUUGGUCAAACUUGUUUGCUCAGUUCUCUAAGAUCUUGUCAUACCCUGACAAACAAGAGCAAGAGACUUCUCUCAACACCUUAUGCCUUCUAGUUGUUGGAUUGGGGAUACUGAACUUCAUCGGGAAAUUUUUACAGGAAGUCAUGUUUUGUGUUUCCGGCGAAUCUCUAACGACUCGAUUAAGGGACAUUUUCUUCCGAUCAUCUCUUCGACAGAAAAUGAGUUGGUUUGAUGACCCGAGGAACGCCACUGGGGUGCUGACAACAAGACUGGCAACAGAAGCUUCCAGAGUUCAAGAGAUUCUCAUCUCGACUAUGGGUCUGACCAUCAACUCUGUCUCCGUCAUCGUGAUUGCCCUGGGGUUCGCCUUCUACUACUCCUGGAAGAUGGCGCUUAUCAUCUUGGCAUUUGCCCCCAUCGUCGUUUUAAGUGGGAGGGGACAAAUGAUUUUAACCAGUCGCAUAACAGACAAGACCAACAAGGCUUUGGAAGAGGCAGUGGCGCACGCCUUCCAAACCAUCUCAAACAUUCGGACUGUAGCCGCCCUGACACUGGAGCAGAAAUUCUACCAGAUGUUCGCCAGCAGACUGGAGAAGGCGCCACACACCUUCAGUGGUGACAUCAUCGGCAGUGGGACCAUGUACGGGUUCUUCAUGAUGAUGCCAUACUUUUCCUUCUGUGUGAUGUUUGAAUGUGGGGCUUUGCUGGUCCAGACUGGGGAGCUGCUUUUUUAUGAUAUGAUAAGGGUUUUCUCUUUUGUGACGGUAUCUGUGGCGGUGCUGAAUCGGAUAAUGUUGCUGAUUCCAGACACCACACUCGCCAAACAAGCGGCCGAGACCAUCUUCGCUGCAGUGGACAGAGCGCCUAGCGUGACUGAAAGUCAAGGGGGAUCAGUGAAACUGGAUGGGGAUUCCUUUCAAAGCGCAAUUCAAUUUACUGGUAUACGCUUCCGGUAUCCCAUGCGAAAAGAAGUUCAGGUAUUAAAUGGCCUUGACCUAGAAGUUCGUCCUGGACAAACGCUGGCGUUGGUGGGUGGAAGUGGAUGUGGGAAGAGCACCAUAGUGCAACUAAUAGAGAGAUUUUAUGACGCCCAGGAGGGCAGCAUUCUUUUGGAUAAUCACAACAUCCUUGACCUUAACGUUCAAUGGCUGCGUAUGCAAAUCGGCCUGGUGUCACAAGAACCAAUCCUGUUCGACAGAAGUCUGGCUGAGAACAUCGCUUACGGGGACAACACGAGGGAGGUGGGCAUGGAGGAGAUCAUAGAGGCAGCUCGGACAGCUAACAUACACACGUUUAUACAGUCUCUGCCCUCGGGCUACGAAACAAAUGUGGGGAAUAAAGGGACACAACUAAGUGGAGGACAAAAGCAAAGGGUAGCAAUCGCGAGAACUCUGCUGAGAAAUCCAAAGAUUCUUCUACUAGACGAGGCCACGUCAGCUUUGGAUACUGAGAGUGAGAAGGUGGUUUUGGAAGCGUUGGACAAGGCCAGGGAAGGUCGCACGUGCAUCACCAUAGCUCACAGGUUGAGUACCAUCAGAAACGCAGAUCGCAUCGCAGUGUUAAAGAAAGGCGUGAUCCAGGAGUUGGGCACACACGAGCAGUUGAUGGCGAGUCGUGGGGCGCUGUAUCGUAUGAUGAAAGCCCAAGCUAAGAGAUCAUGUGAUAACAAGGUUUAG